CCAUUAAACCCUUUAUCGCUUCUCAAAAACCCUACUUCUCAAAAACCCUUCAUUACUUCUCAAGAAACUCUCACUCAUUAAUUCAUUCAAACUCCCUCCCUCCCUCCCUCGCAAUUUUGAAGGCCCCAAGCCAACCGAUGAUUUGAUUUUCCCGGGGAAAUUGCAGGGCGCUGGAAUUCGAAUUAGGGUUCCUCGCCCGCACAAACAGACAAAGUCCCACAGCUGCUCUCCGUCCGUCUCUGUCGUGUCGACCCUCCAGUCUAGGGCAUACGCUGGGAAGAUGUCGUGGGAGGAGGAGAUUGUGAUGAGGGAUGUCACCAAUGCUGGUACCGUCGUGACUGACCGGAUUGUCCGCGAAGCUGCUUCUCACAUCGACCUCGAAGAUGCCCUUGAAGCUUCUAGAUACGCUAGCCAUCCUUACUCGACGCACCCGAGAGAGUGGCCUCCUAUGGUAGAGGUAGUGGAUACAUGGGAGUUGCCUUCCAUACUUAUUGAAAGAUAUAAUGCAGCUGGUGGCGAAGGAACUGCUCUAUGUGGGAUAUUUCCAGAAAUACGCAGGGCAUGGGCAUCAGUAGAUAAUUCUCUGUUUCUUUGGCGGUUUGAUAAGCGGGAUGGCCAGUGUCCUGAAUUUAAUGUUGAGGAACAAGCUAUAUGUGCAGUUGGCCUUGCCAAAUCCAAACCUGGCAUUUUUAUUGAAGCAAUCCAGUAUUUGUUGAUUUUAGCAACGCCUAUUGAGCUGAUUCUUGUUGGAGUGUGCUGCUCAGCUGGUGCUGAUGGUACCGAUCCGUACUCGGAGGUCUCACUACAGCCUUUGCCAGAGUAUACAGUACCCUCUGAUGGAAUCACUAUGACUUGCAUUACCUGCACGGCGUUGGGUAGAAUUUUCUUGGCAGGUCGUGAUGGGCACAUUUACGAACUGUAUUACACCACUGGUUCAGGGUGGCACAAACGUUGUCGUAAAAUUUGCCUUACAGCUGGUAUAGGGAGUGUUCUUUCAAGGUGGGUUGUGCCAAAUGUAUUCAAGUUUGCUGCAGUUGAUCCUGUUGUAGAGAUGGUCUUUGAUAAUGAAAGACACAUUCUAUAUGCACGGACUGAGGAGAUGAAACUCCAGGUGUUUGCCCUGGGAUCCAAUGGAGAUGGUCCCCUGAGGAAAGUUACUGAAGAAAGGAACCUAAUCAGUCAAAGAGAUGCACAGUAUGGUGCUAGACAAUCUUCAGCAGCACCAAGAGCCCCAAGCAGAUCAGCUAAGCCCUCCAUAGUAUGCAUUUCCCCUUUAUCGACCCUAGAAUCAAAGUGCCUACAUCUCGUUGCAGUCUUAUCUGAUGGAAGAAGGAUGUAUAUUUCCACUUCACCGUUCAGCGGAAACACAGGCAGUGUUGGAGGAUUGGGAAGAUUUAAUUCCGACCAUUAUAAGCCAAGCUGCUUAAAAGUCGUGACUACUAGACCUUCUCCGCCUCUUGGGGUCAGCGGUGGGCUUUCCUUCGGGAACCUAUCUUUGGCAAGUAGACCCCAAAGCGAGGACCUCUCUCUGAAGGUGGAGUCAGCGUUUUACUCUGCUGGAAUUCUUGUACUUUCUGAUUCAUCUCCCCCGUCCAUGUCCUCUUUUCUUAUUGUGAGUAAGGAUUCCAGCACACAAUCCUCUUCAACUGGUAGUUUAGGAACAAGUGCAAGGAGUUCUCGAGCAUUGAGGGAGUCAGUGUCUUCCCUACCUGUUGAAGGUCGAAUGCUCUUUGUCGCAGAUGCCCUGCCCCUGCCAGAUACAGCCGUCACUGUUCAGUCACUGUAUUCAGAGCUUGAAUACUAUGCGAUUGAAAGCUCAGGGGAGUCCCCUGAGAAGACAGCAGGAAAACUUUGGGCAAGAAGUGACCUUUCCGUACAACAUAUCCUUCCCAGGAGGAAGUUCAUUGUUUUCAGUACAAUGGGCUUGAUGGAAGUCGUCUUUAAUAGGCCUGUUGAUAUUCUGAGGAGGUUGUUUGAAUCCAAUUCACCUAGAUCUGUAUUAGAUGAGUUCUUCAAUCGUUUCGGUGCAAGUGAGGCCGCUGCUAUGUGUUUAAUGUUAGCUGCGAGGAUUGUCCACUCUGAGAAUAUUGUGAGCAAUGCUGUUGCUGAGAAAGCUGCUGAGGCAUUUGAGGAUCCAAGAGUUGUGGGAAUGCCACAGCUUGAAGGAAGCAGCGGAUUGUCCAGCACUAGAACUGCAGGUGGAGGCUUUAGCAUGGGCCAGGUUGUGCAGGAGGCAGAGCCCGUCUUCUCAGCGGCCCAUGAAGGGCUCUGCUUGUGUUCAUCAAGACUGCUGUAUCCACUGUGGGAACUUCCAGUAAUGAUCAAGAAAGGGGACUUCACUUCCUCUUCUGAUGCACCACCUGAAGCUGGGGUAAUUGUGUGUAGGCUUCCUACGGGGCCUAUGCUACUUCUUGAGAAUAAACUUCGUUCUUUAGAGAAGUUUCUGAGGUCCCGAAGGGAUCAGAGGAGAGGUCUCUACGGAUGUGUGGCUGGCCUGGGAGACUGGUCUGGCUCUAUAUUAUAUGGAGCACAUUCAGAAUUAGGGGCUGGGGACAGGAGUCUGAUGAGGAACUUGUUUGGUUCUUACUCUCGCAAUGUUGAGUCUAACGGUAGUGGGACCGCUAAUAAGAGGCAAAGGUUACCAUAUAGUCCUGCAGAAUUGGCUGCAAUGGAGGUUAGAGCAAUGGAGUGCAUCAGGCAAUUGCUUCUCAGAUCAAGUGAAGCUCUUUUUUUGCUUCAACUUAUUUCACAGCAUCAUGUGACACGAUUGGUUCAGGCUUUUGAUGCUAAUUCACAGCGGGCGCUACUUCAGCUUACAUUUCAUCAACUAGUUUGUUCCGAGGAAGGUGACCGGCUUGCGACAAGGUUCAUAUCUGCUCUGAUGGAGUUUUAUACUGGUCCUGAUGGCAGGGGCACAGUAGAUGAUAUAAGUGCAAGGUUACGGGAGGGUUGUCCUAGCUACUUUAAAGAGUCUGACUAUAAGUUCUUCUUGGCUGUGGAAUAUCUCGAGAGAGCUGCGGUCACUACAGAUACUAGGGAGAGGGAGAAUCUUGCAAAAGAGGCCUUCAAUUUGUUGAGCAAAGUUCCAGAAUCUGCUGACCUGCGAACUGUUUGUAAGCGGUUUGAGGACUUGAGGUUCUAUGAAGCAGUGGUUCGGUUACCUCUUGAGAAGGCACGAUCACUUGACCCUGCCGGUGAUGCUAUAAAUGACCAAGUUGAUGCAGUGAUUCACGAGCAUGCCAUAGCUCAGCGUGAGCAGUGCUAUGAAAUUGUAGUUAGUGCUUUACGCUCUCUGAAAGGUGAGACCCCCCGAGAGGAAUUUGGGUCUCCUAUUAGGGCUGCCACUUCCUCAGUCCUCGAUCAGGCUUCUCGAAAGAAAUAUAUAUGCCAAAUCGUUCAGCUUGGUGUUCAAUCACCUGAUAGAUUGUUUCAUGAGUAUUUAUAUCGCGCUAUGAUUAACCUUGGCCUUGAAAACGAGUUGUUGGAAUAUGGAGGCCCUGAUUUGGUUCCUUUCCUGCAAAGUGCCGGACGAGGACCCGUGCAAGAGGUUAGAGCUGUUUCUGCGGUGACAUCUACAUCUGCUAUAGGACAACUUGGAGGAAACAUUCAGGCUAAUCAGGCCAAGUACUUUGAUCUUCUUGCUCGGUAUUAUGUUCUAAAGAGGCAGCACAUACUUGCAGCUCAUGUCUUACUAAGACUGGCAGAAAGGCGAUCCACUGGUGAUGGAGAUGUUCCCACUCUAGAACAGAGGUUCCAAUAUCUGAGUAAUGCGGUUUUACAAGCCAAAAAUGCUAGCAAUGGCAAUGGCCUUCCGGGACCACAGGCUUUCGAUAGUGGACUGCUAGAUUUGCUGGAAGGGAAACUAGCCGUUCUGCGAUUCCAGAUAAAAAUAAAAGAGGAACUGGAGACAAUAGCCUCGAGGUUUGAUUCCCAAGCUGAAACCUCCGAUUCUACCCAACCCAAUGGCAAUGUGACUAUUGACCCGAGUUAUGCCAAUGCUGCACGGGAAAAGGCCAAGGAGCUAUCACUGGAUUUGAAGAGUAUCACUCAGCUUUACAAUGAGUAUGCUGUUCCAUUUGAGCUUUGGGCGGUAUGUCUUGAAAUGCUAUACUUUGCAAACUACUCUGGUGAUGCUGAUAGUAGCAUAGUGAGGGAGACUUGGGCUCGACUUAUUGAUCAAGCCCUAUGGCGAGGUGGCAUCGCCGAAGCUUGUUCGGUGCUGAAGAGGGUUGGUGCAAACAUCUAUCCUGGCGAUGGAGCAAUUUUACCGUUGGAUACUUUGUGUCUUCACCUCGAGAAGGCUGCAUUGGAGAGACUGAAUUCAGGUGCCGAAGCUGUCGGAGAUGAAGAUGUCGCAAGGGCUCUUCUUGCAGCCUGCAAGGGUGCCAUUGAACCCGUGCUUAACACAUACGAUCAACUCUUAUCCAACGGAGCCAUUUUACCAUCUCCAGCUCUUAGGCUACGCCUCCUCCGGUCUGUGCUGGUAGUGCUCCGGGAGUGGGCCAUGUCCACACUGGCUCAGAGAAUGAAUACGAGCCCUGUGGGUGCAUCCUUAAUUCUUGGUGCACACUCGUAUGACCAGACAGCGGCAGUUAGUCAAGGUGUCCGAGACAAGAUCACGAGCGCAGCAAACAGGUAUAUGACCGAGGUGCGCCGGUUAGCCCUUCCACAGAGCCAAACGGAGGCAGUCUAUUUAGGGUUUAGAGAACUUGAAGAGUCUCUCAUAAGUCCGUACUCCUUCAAUCGGUUCUGAUUGUUCAUUUACCAUGGAUCUUGUACGAGCUUAGCUUUUCACUCAGUUGCAAAUUGCUUGUGCCAAUAAUAGCAUUCUUGUUGCAUAUAUAUGAUGCUGAUUCGGUGUUAUUAAAUUUUCCGGAGAAGAAUGCAAAUUCAGAAUGAAGCUCCUGCUCGUUAAACAGU